ACCCAGAAACGAAAUCCAUGACACAUUAUGACUGCGUCCCAUUUCUUGAGAAUCUCUCGUUCUUAUCUUUAAAUUUCGUCAUGAUUGAGAUUCCAUGAGGUCGCUUGCUGGAAUCAUACAUAUUUAAGCUGUAGAAUAUUUUGCUGCUUCUCAGUCAACGUCAAUCGCUUUGACCAUAAACAGCUCAGACUCAGCCAUGAAGCCCAGCAUAUUAUUUGCGGCCUUGUUAAUUGCGCUAAGCAAUUGCAUUGUAGAUUUCGUACUUUCCACAGAUGCGGCAUCCAACGGACGCGAGCGGUCAACAUUUGGCAACCAUGAUGACAGCAUCUAUCACAGAGUGAGUCGUCAGUCCCAGGCAACCAGCGAGGCGGAGCAGCUGGAUAGAUGUUUUAACCAUGGAGGGUUCACACAUGGACGUUUGCUGUUUAUCUGGUACGACGACGAUGGAUCGAUAGAUCCGGUGAAGUACUUGAGAAAGCUUCUCGUCGAUGAUCUAGAUCUGCCCAAGCUAGUUUUCUCUAUAGAGCGCGUUCGGGUGCAGGGAAACCAAAUGCUCUUCGAUAUGUCGAACAGCUUGAACGCGAAUCGGGUAUUUCGGAAUUAUUGUAAUCUUUACGCAAGAAUUGCUGAAUAUCGCUCGCAAGGCUACGAUGAUCCAGCCUUGACCUAUGAAAUUAUUAAAACGGAUGAGCGAUUUUUUCGCUAGCCAACUCGUAAACUCAAGUAUUAGAAAAGUAUUUAAAUAGUUGCUAUCCAAUUGAUAAAAGUAUUUUGCUUUAUAUGAAUAAUUGUAAAUUUUAAAUUAUUUAAUUUUGUUUAUUUAGUUACUCAUCGGAGAGUAAAAUAAUAUUUAUUUUACUUCUUCGUUAGUGGAAAAAAUAUUACUAUACUUGGCUUACAGCCAAGAGUCAAAACUCAAGAAGAUGCAUUUUGCUCUAAUUUAGGCUAUUAUUAUGUAAUUAAAAUGUCUUAUGAUUUUAUAGUUAAAUUCGAGGAAAUAAUAUACAAUAAAUAAAUUCAAGAAAAU